GUAAAUAUUGUUUCUAAACAUUUGUCCUUUUUUUAAUGUAUAUUUUAUUUAUUUUAGAUACAUUUUCAACUUGCAAUCGAGAAAGGAUAAACAAAAUUUGAAAAAUAUUACGAGUUGAAUGCCUGCUGCUAUAAUUGGAUGGUAUUAUUUAUUGUUAAUAAUCAGUGUGUGUGUUGCCUUCGUCUUAAAUUAAGCUUCCUUUUCUCUUAUUUUUUUGAUGGAUUUUCGUACUGCUAUUUCAAGAUUUUCUUAAAUGCCUACUGUAUUUUAAUUGUCUUAGGUGUUCUUUAGGGAUUUAUGUUAAAGAAUUUGACUUCUUGAUUGACAUUCAACAAUGUAAUUGAUAUUCUUUUGCUUUAGUGGUUUAUUAUGUUCAAGAAUUUACAAUGGUGGAAUCUAGUUCCAUCUUGCAUAUGGUGGUCAAUUUGGAAGGAAAGAAACAAUAGGUGCUUUAAGAAUAUUACUAACCCAAUGCAGAAAGUUAAAGAAAACUGCAUUAAUACUCUAUAUUUUUGGUGUAAAGAAGAGGGUAUAUAUGAAGUAGAUCAGUUAGUAGAUUUCCUAUGCUCUUUGUAAUCAUGACUACUUUGCCUUGGAAUUUUUUUGUUUGGUUGCCAGCAUACCCUCAUUGCUGAUGAAUACAACUUUACCAUUCUCAAAAAAAAAGAAUUUACAAUGUCUAUGUGAAUUUUCCACUUUGAUGGUUGUUUUCUUCUUUGGCAAUGCCUAUGCCUAAUUCUAGUGCUAAUAUGCAAGAGGUGUUUCAGGGGUACUAUUUCCAGUGCUUUUACAACCAACCAGUUUUAAGGAAGCAAAUGCGCUCCAGUGAGGAUGACCUGUUUUGCACACGUGCUUCUCCUUCUCUGUUGCCACUAUUGUUCAGUGGGUUAGGGAUUCAUCUGAGUUCCCUUAACAAAUUGAAUGCAAGUGAUGGUUCAUUCAAGCUCUCAGGAUACAUCUCAGGUCCCGAUGUUUACACGGUGAAGGUAUACAGGCCCAAAUUGAUGGAUAAGAGAUGUGAAGAGAAUCUUAAGAAUUAGUUGAUACCAUGAGC